AUGUAUCUGCUGGUCCUGGUUCACAUCUUGCAGUCCUCUCUGUUGGCGGUCCACUCCUGUCCAUCUCUGUGCGCCUGCUCGUAUGGGAACAGUGGAACAGCAGAGCUCAGGUCAGUGCAGUGCAGUGACCCUGGAAUCUCAGUUGUUCCCAUUAAUGUACCAGCCAACACAGUCAAACUGCGUCUGGAGAAGACCUUGAUCUCCAGGGUGCCCCGGGCAGCCUUCUACAACCUGUCAGAGCUGCGGUUCUUGUGGCUGGUCUACAACUCCAUCACGUCCAUCCACCCCAGCAGCUUUGUCAACCUGAAGGCCCUGCGUGAGCUGCGUCUUGAUGGGAACUUCCUGACGUCCUUCCCCUGGGAGGGGCUAAGGGACAUGCCCCAGCUCCAAACUCUGGGUCUCCACAACAACCGCCUGUCCAGCCUUCCCGCCCACGCCGCGCUUUUCCUCCCUAACAUCACCUACCUCGACCUGUCCAGCAACAGGUGGGUCCACAUGCUGUACAACCAUGUUCUCAGGAUCCAAACACAGAUCCAAAUGAAGGCUGGUAAGUGUACCGAGAAGGAGCGUUUGCCAAAACUAACAGGAAGUCAGAGGCACCGGGCAAAACUCAGGAAACAAGAACGGAAACACGAUGAAACGUCAGGGGGAAAGUUGACUAUCCUGCCUGCCGAGCUGCUGGACCUGUGGUUUCCUCUCCCAGGACAACAGGGGGGGCCGACACAGAGACGGAUUUUGGGUCUCCAUGACAACCCUUGGUUGUGUGACUGCCAGAUCUCCAUGGUGAUGUCCUUGUCCAUGUCCCUGUGGAGUCCUGUGGUUCUCAUGGACCAGUUGCUGAUGUGCAGCAGGUCUCUGGGUCAGUCGGGGGUGCUGCUGACCCAGGCCCAACUGUCCCGCUGCAUGAGGCCCUCAGUCCAGCCCGCGGCCACCAGAGUCGUCUCUCCACUGGGCAGCAACGUCAUCCUCCGCUGUGACGCCACCGGCUACCCAACACCAACCCUGACCUGGAUCAAGACCUCAGCCUACAAAAUAUAUAACACAGUUAUGCAGGAGUCUCCUCGGGUCGGGGUCCGCUGGUCGAUCAUCAGCCUAAACGGGUUGUCGUACAAGGACGCUGGAGAAUAUCGGUGCCAGGCGCGGAACAUGGGAGGAAUAUCUGAAGCCCUGAUCAGACUGAGGGUGGUGGGUGUCACAAGGGUGUCCCGUCCUCCAAAGAAGAAGUCCCAGAAGACCCCACCAAAACCGUCACUAAAAUACAGGAGGCCAAACCAGAAUCCAGCCACUAUCAACACCCCCUCAAUGAAGGAGAACCAGAUAUCCCUAAACAUCACACCACCUUCCUUAAACAAGACCCAGACCGCCCCUGAUCCUGGGUCCAGAGUGUUCCCUGCAGACGAGUACAAAGUGGACUCCCCAGAUACGAAGAAGAAGACCCAGACGUCCAUUAAGUCUACACCUGAGUCCUCAGACAACUCGACAAGUGCUCUUCUGUCGGAAACACAGAGAUAUAAAGAAGAGCAGGAUCGAUGACAUGUCUGUGAACCUCUAGUUUUAGUGUUCUGUUCUGUAGAAUAACU